AGGGAGGACAGAGUUGGGUUUUGGGGGAGGGCUCCUUCUUAUGAGAGAGAAAACCUAAAACGUUAUCUCCAUUCAGGAAGAUGUAAGAAGUUUGCCGUGCUUCCUCAGUCAUGCCCUAUUCUUAGUUUAUAAUUUAACUCAAGUCAGCGUGAUCACUAGGAGUAUAAGAAGGUUAACUCCAAAUCUCAAGCUUUUAAACACUUUCCCCCCAAAUAUUAAAGGCCCAGAACUGGUCCUGAACAGUUGGUCUACACAGUGUUAUUGUCCAUUAUUUGCCUCUGUUCUGGCUGAGGCCAGUCUCCACAUUAUUCCCCAGAUACUCAGUGGCCAAUCUUGUCUCACCCUCUUUGUUCAAACUAUUUUCUCUCCGUGGAUCCCCUUCCAUUUCUGAUUCACCUUUCCCAUUCCUACCCAUGUGCCAGGGCCCAGCAUUAGUUCUAGCUGUACCAUGAAGACCCACAGUAACUCCAGCCAAAGCAAUAUUUCCCCCAAAUAAUACAAGUGAAGAAGUGCUCUGAAGACGACAGUGCUCCUGCAGAUAUGUAGUAGUAGUAGUAUUUUUUUGGGAAAUUAACGAUAAAUUAAGUUUGGCACAUUGUCAUAUCUUUCUUUAGUGUUUCCUAAUUGUUUCAUGUGCUGUUGAUGUUAAGAAACCACAGGCUAGUAAGGCAAGAGUGACAUCACAUUUCUUUUGUGUCCUCAAAGUCCCUACCAGUGCUUAAAUCAGACGGAGAAAGACAAAUAUCGUAUGAUUUCACUCAUUCGUGGAAUAAACAAACAAAAAUGAACAAACCAAACCAAACAAGAAGAAGACAUAGAUCCAGAGAACAGAGUAGUGAUUAUCAGAGGGGGAGGUGGGGAGGGUGCAAAAUGGGUAAAGGGGAUCAAAUGUAGGGUGACAGAUGCAAACUAAAUUUUUGAUGGUGAGCACACAGUAGGGCAUAUAGAAGUGGAAAUAUAAUGUUGUACACAUGAAACAUAUAAUGUUAUAAACCAGUGUUACCUCAAUAAAAAAUAAAUCUUUAAGAAAGAAAAAAGGAAACAGUGGGUUACAGGAGUGAACUGCCCUUCUGGAAGAUUCUUCAUCAUUUUCCUUUAUAGCUGUUCCAAACCUUCAAAGAUAAUUGGGCGGGGGGUAACUUGCACACUUUUUUUCUACUUUAAACACUUCAAUAAGGUUUGAAUUUUAAAAUAUUAGGAUAAUGCCUCUACCUUUAUAAUGAAAUAAAAUGCAAGUCUGGGGAAAAUCAAUUGUCACGCUACCAAAAUGCCAUCGAUGUGUCAUCAUCUGUUAACGCGUUGACAGAAAAUGGGGAGCAGUGUAUCCGGAUUACACCCUUCCACCCUUUUUCCUGCGUGCUUCUGUGAUUUGAAAGCGCAUAGCGACUGUUGUCCUUUAAACACACCACUCGGGCCCCCAGCAGGCAGCCCUCCAGUGCCAGCUUCUGCACUGGGGUCAGUACCUCCUAAUUCCUGCAGAUUCUAAGCAGGGCUCAUUCUCUUUCCUUCCUCCCUCCCCAGAGACAAACGCUCUUCUGAAAUUGCUUUCCAUCAUUUAUGCCCAUGUUUAUGUUUACUGUAUAUGUGUAGCUCAUAAACUAUAUGUAUAUUGCUAUUUAGGUAUUUUUAAAAUUUUAAAGAUACAAGUAGCAUAGUACUGUGGGCUUCAUUUUGCAACUUGCUUUUAGACUCAAUAUUGUUCUGAGAUACAUUCAUUUCAAUAAGGCUAGCUCAAGUUCAUUCAUUUUAAGUGUUCAUUCUGAGUAUAUAAUACCCAUUCCCUUACUGAUGGACAUUUAGAUUUUUUCAGAUGUUUUGCUAUUAUGAACACCCUUCUACAUGUCUCUUUAUGCCAGAGUUUAUCUAGGACCGUGGUUCUUUAAGGGGAUGGUAGUGCCCCUUUGGUCAUUUUGGAAUUCGUGAGGGCACCUCUGGUUAUUAUUGUGAUUUGGGGGACACUACCAGGGUUUACAAAGAAGGUCUGGGGAUGUUAGAAGUCCUGCAGUACACUGGACAGCCCCUCAUAGUAAAGAAUUGUCCUUCCUCCUGCACAACUUUUGAGGGUCUCACAGGAUACUCAUUUAUAAUGUGAGCCUAGAACCUAACUCCAUUUUUUGUAUAAACAUAAUGUAUUUUUUGGCACAGUUUAAUAUAGUAAAAUUUCCAGGAAUGCACUCUAAUGUAAAUCAAGGGGAAAGUAUGCUUAUUUGUGGUUUGGAACUUUUUAACAAGAGUUGUUCAUCACUCUAGAAAACCCCGUACCUGAAGGCAGCCCAGCUCGUGGUAUUUGAGUUGCCGUAUAACACACCUACAUCAGCCAGCAUUUGUAGCUUUUGCGUUCAUGGUGAUUCUAAGUUUAGGUGCGAGCAUCUGAGUGCGUUACUUCCUUAUGUAUUCUAGUGUAGUCAGCCUGAACAUUUGUAUAUUUAAACAUAUGCUGUUUUAUUAUGAAUCACUUUCCAUUUAAAAUUGGCUUCUGCGUAUGAUAUAAAGUAGAGAUCUGGUUUUAUUCUUUUCUGAUUGGAUAAUCACUUGUCCCAACACUAUCUAUGAAAUCCUCUACCCACUGAGUAUAAAGCCAACUCUGUCUUGUGCAAAGUUCUCAUAAAUGCAUGGAUCUGCUUCUGGGUUCUCCGUUUUAUUCCACUGGCUCACGUGUCUUUAUGCCACUAUCACACUGUUUUAAUUACCUUGGUUUUAUAAUGUGUCUUGCGGCAGUUGGUAAGACGAAAGGCAAGUUUCCAUCCUGUUCUCAAAAUUGUUUUCGCUAUUCUUGGGCUUUUGCUUUUCCAUAUGAAUUUAGGAUCAGUUUUCAAGUUCCACAAAAAAUUACUUUGAGAUUUUGGUUAGAAUUGCAUUGAACUGAUAGAUUAAGGAAAAUUGAGAUAUUUCAAUAUUAAACCAUCCCAUCCAUUCAGGAACAUGGGUUAUUUCUCUAUUCAGGCCUUUUAAAAAUAUGUAUCUUCAAAUAAAGUUUUAUAAUUUUUGCUAUAAAAAUCUUCAUGGGCUUCCCUGGUGGCACAGUGGUUGAGAGUCCGCCUGCCGAUGCACGGGACACGGGUUUGUGCCCCGGUCUGGGAAGAUCCCACAUGCUGCGGAGCGGCUAGGCCCGUGAGCCACGGCCGCUGAGCCUGCGCGUCCGGAGCCUGUGCUCCGCAACGGGAGAGGCCACAACAGUGAGAGGCCCACGUACCGCAAAAAAAAAAAAAAAAAAAACUUCACAUCUUUUGUUGGAUUUAUUCCUAAUUAUACAUGUAUACUUAUUCAUACACACAUCUUUUUAUUGCAAAAGUUUCAAAUAUAUUCAGAAGUACAGAAAAUAGUAUAGCAAACAUUCAUGUAUUCGCCACCCAGCUUCAACAGUUAACUCAUGACCAGCCUUGUUUCAUAUUAGCCCCCGUCUUCUCCUCUCCCCUGAAUAAUUAUAAAGUUCCCAGACAUCGAUUUCUCUUAUCUCUGGUGUGCGUGUGUGUGUGUACCUGUAUAUCAGAAAUAAUCUUUUAGCAAUAUAACCACAACACCAUCGCAUUUUUUAAUUAAUUAUUUAUUAAUUUUUGGCUGCACUGGGUCUUCGUUGCUGCACGUGGGCUUUCUCCAGUUGCAGCGAGCGGAGGCUACUCUUCGUUGCGGUGCAUGGACUUCUCAUUGCAGUGGCCUCUCUUGUUGCGGAGCACGAGCUCUAGGCGAACUGGCUUCAGUUGUUGCAGCAGGCGGGCCUCAGCAGUCGCAGUACGCGGGCUCAGUAGUUGUGGCUCACAGGCUCUAGAGCGCAAGCUCAGUAGUUAUAGUGCAUGGGCUUAGUUGCUCCAUGGCACGUGAGAUUUUCCCGGACCAGGGCUCGAACCCGUGUCCCCUGCAUUGGCAGGCGGAUUCCCAACCACUGCGCCACCAGGGAAGUCCCCACAUUUUUAAAAAACAAUAUUUUUCAUUUAAAAACUAAACAGCAAUUCCUUAAUAUCAUCAAGUAUCCAGAUACUGUUCAGAUUUCCCCAGUCAUCUCAUAAACGUUUUUGUAUAGUUGGUUUGUUUGAAUCAGGACCCAAACAAAGCCCAUAUAUUGCAUUUGUCUGGUAUAUCUCUUCAGACUUUCUUUGAAGAAAACUUUUUUGGAAAAAAAAAAAAGGUAUAACGCACAUACCGAAAAAUAUGCAAAUCAGAAGUGUACAGCUAGAUACAAUUUAACAGAAUUAACAAAGCCAUGUAACCAACACCCAGAUGAAGAAACAAAAUUUCAUAAGCACCCCAGAACCCCCUUCAGACCCCCUCCAGUCACUACUUUCUACAAGGGAACCACACUCCUGACUUCUAACCCCAAAAUUAGUUUGACCUGUUUUUAAACAUUAUAUAUGUGGAAUUAUACGGUAUGAACUCUUUGGCCUUUAGCUUUUUACACUCAAUAUUUGCGUAACACCCACAUUGCUGGGUAUAGUUGUAGUUUGUUCAUUUUUGCUGCUUUCUACUAUUCCAUUGUAUGAAUGAAGAGAUUGUAUGUAUAAUACCACACUUUAUCUAUUCAACUGAUGGAUAUUUAGGUUGUUUCAGUUUUUAACUAUUUCAAAUAGGGCUGCGUUGAACUUUUGUACAUGUCUUUUAGUGAACUUAUGUGUAUAUGUCUGUUGGGGACACACCCAGGAAGAGAAGAGCUGGGUCUAGGGUUCAUGGACAUUCAGCUUUAUUAGAUAUUACCAAGGAGUCUCCAAAGCGGUAGUAACAACUACUGGUAGUCUACUGGUAGACACUCACCAGCAGGGUAUGAGCAUUCCAGUUACUCCACAUCUUUGUCAACACUUGGUGUUAUCUGUCAUUUUCAUUUUAGCCAUUCUGGUAGGUGUCUAGAGGUACUGCAUUUUGGUUUUCAUUUGCAAUUUCCUGAUGACUAAUGAAGUUGGGCACCUUUUCACGUAUUUGUUGGCCAUUUGUAUAUCCUCCUUCUCAAGUGUUUAUUCUUAGCUGCUUGAUCUAUCAGUUUCUGAGAGAGGUAUAUUAAAAUCUUGCACGAAAUUUGUGGGCUUUUCCAUUUAUUGCGGUGAUUCAGUUUUGGCUUUAUAUGUUUUGGGGCUUUGUUUUAGGUUCAUGUGUUUUGAGUUGUAUUUUUUUGUUAAAUUAUUCCUUUUGUGACUGUGUCGUUAUUAAUAAUUUUCAAAGCUUUACAUUCCGUUUUUCUUGAUACUGAUAUUGCUUUACCAGACUGUAUUUUGUUUUGUUUUGUUUUUUUCUUUUUUUUGGUAAUUGUGGUAAAAAACACAUAUAUAAAAUUUACUACCUUAACCAUUUUUGAGUGUUCAGCAGUGUUAAGUAUAUUCACAUCGUUGUGUAACAGAUCUCUAGAACUUUUUCAUCUUGCACAACUGAAACUCUGUAUCCAUUGAACAAUUCCCCUUUUCCCCUCUUUUUGUUUUGGUAGUAUUUGCUUUGUAUGUCUUUUUCACUCUCUUUAUUUUCAGCCUCUCUCUCAUUAUGCUUUCUGCACAGCUUUUAUAAAGAGCUGUUCAAAAAAAAAUCUAAUAUAAGAAUCUCUUUUAAUAGUCAAGUGUAAUCUGCUUACAUUUACUAUGAUUACUGUUAUAUUUGGGCUUAUUUUUACAGUCUUAUUCUGUAUUUUCCUUUGUUUCUUUCCACUCCUGCCUUCUGCUUUCUUCCUUUAUUUUUCUCACUCUACUAGUAUGGAAGUUAUUCAUCCUAUUUAUGUUAUCUGGUGUUUAACAUGCAUAUUUAGCUUAACAAAGCCUAUAGGUAAAAUCAUUAACUCUCACCUCCUCAGAGCAAAAUAAUAACUAUGGAAUGAUUUAACUUUGAGCUGUCCUUUCUCACCUUUCACUUGUCGACAAAUAUUUUAAUUCUUCCUUGUUUUUAACUCAUCAAGAAAUUAGGCCUUAUCAUUAAAGAAGUCUUUACUGUCAGUAUUUACUAAUAUUUUUCUCACCUUUCCUCCUUACAUCUCACACCUUCUUUCUCAGUUCAUUUUCCUUCUUGGUGAAGUAUAUCUAUGGGAGGUGAACUCCAUUCCAGUCUUUGUACGUCUGAAAACCUCUAUUUUACACUCACUCCAGUGGGAACCUUGCAUGCUGACCUCCCUCCAGAGAGGUUUCCAUCUGUCUAUGCUGGGAUCCUAUGGGCUUCUCACUGUUCGUGUAGUUUUCAUGUUACUCUUACUACUUGGGAUUCCCACACCUCCGUGCUAGUGUGAUCCGAACCCCUCUCCCGCAUGUGAUGAAGGAUGGGGAUGCAGAUUUCUCUUGGGUUGUUCUUUUUUCAUCCAUAGGCUCAGGUACUUGGCCCGCUUUCUUCCAGCCACAUCAGCAUCAAAUUUUUUAGUCCCUGUUUCAAAGACAGCUGAGCCCUUACAGAGCCCAUUUUUAUACCUUGUUCUCAGUUCUAGUUCUCUGUAUCAUGGGUCUGAGGCCUCACCUGUCGAGGAAAGGACCACUCCUAAGGUUUGCACCUGGUUCCAGGACCCCUGCAGGUCUUUGGGCUCAGCUCCUGCGUACUAUCCAGGCUUUGAGUUACAUUUUUGUUUAUAGUACUUAAGGAUUUCCCUUUAUUGCUUUCAAGCUGCACUGUGUAUUAAAUUCUUUUCAUCUAUUUUAUUAAGCCUUUCUAUGUGUUUGCUGUUGUGUGGGGUAAUUCCCGUGUCAGCUCUGUCCAGCAUAUUGACCAGAAGCCACAGUCAUCUUUCUCUAAAGUUAGAUACGAUCCCGUCACUCCUUCAUUGGACUUUUGUGGGCUUGUUAGCACUGCUUCAUGUAUUCAUCCAACAAAUAUCUAUUACUUACAACCUCUGUAGAAAAGAACCGGCGAGACUGUAGUGAGCAAGAUACAAAGUCUCUGCCCUCCUGGAGUUUACUAUUCCAGCUGGAGAGACAGAAAGUAAACCUGUGAACAAUAAAUCAGAAUGUGAACUACAGUUUGCGAAGUGCCCUCUGAAGGGACUAGGGUGAAGGUGGGUUUCUUUAGCUAUAGGAUGGUCAGGGAAGACCGCUCUGAGGACGCUGUGUUUAAAGCUGGGUCAGAAGCAUGAGGAGAAGCCAGCCCUGCAAAUGGUAGACGGCUUCUUUGCGGUCAGGGCUUCAUUCCAGGCAGUGGAAACAGCAGGCACAAGGACCCAGAGAUGGGAAAACCCUUGGCAUAUGGAGUUACUGAGGACACCCGACACCCCUGUGUCUAAUGAGGGGAGAAUGGGCAAGGGGGCCACACCCAUCUGCUGCCAGGCCUCUCUGCCCACCUCUCCCUUACUCUGUCCUCUGGCCAUGGUUCUCUCCCAAAUGGGCCCAUGCAGAGUCACCUCCUUUGUAAAGCCCUUCUCACAUCUCAAUUCCCAUUGCACUUUGUUUUUCCUACUGAUCAGAAUGGAAAGUUGUCUGCAUAACAGUGUUCUCCAAUAGGUCUUAAGCUCCUGUCAGAAGAAAUGUCUUGUUUACCUUGUGAUCCCCAGCUUGUAGCAAUGCUCUACAAGGAAACCCAGGAGCACACGGAAGCCUGGCGGUACCCACAGCACCAGGGACAGACAGCUCAUCGGGCCGGGGGGUCCAGGCCUGCAGCUCUCAGCUGCCCCCCACUGCAUGGCUGGCACCGUGCUGGGCGUGGGGGCUGGCGUGUUCAUCCUCGCCCUGAUCUGGGUAUCAGUGCUGCUGCUGUGUCUGCUGCUAUCCAGAGCAUCAGGUAUAGCUAGGUUCUCCGUCAUUUUCGUGUUCCUCGGUGCUCUGAUUAUCACGGCGGUUCUGUUGCUCUUCCCCCGAGCCAGUGAAUUCCCAGCCCCUGAGGCUGAGAUGAAGAUUGUAGAUGCCUUUUUCAUUGGCCGCUAUGUCCUGCUGGCUUUCAUCACUCUUGUCUUCCUUGGGAGCCUUUUCUUGGUUCUAAUCCAUCACAUCGUGGAGCCAAUCUAUGCCAAACCACUGCGGUCCCACUGAGCCAUCUUCAGGAAAACCAAGACCCUGUUCUUUCCCUUGCUUUGAUGUCAUUGAUGAGCAGAAAGGUAUUGUUUGGAGUCUUGUUUUGACAGCCUUCCUGCCUAAAGAUCGGAGGAUCAUCUCUUCAUCACUAAGACAAAUCCCUUGAGUCCUGGCUUCCAGAAACAGGGUUGCAAAAUUGCCCCUGGGGAGAGAUUCUCACCAGCUUAAGAGGGAUAUUGCCAUCUUCUUAGCACCUGUACCUCAGAUUUUCCAUCUCUUUAGAAAAGGAAAUAGCAACAGGGAUCUGCGUAGAGUAGGUUUUCAAUGAAGACUUCAGUAAAUGAAUUUUGGGAAAAGGGGCACUUUGGCUUCUGCUGUCAAAUCGACGGAAGAACUUGGUCCUUUUUGAUACUAUGAGAAAUUGUUAGUUACGAGGUCAAGAUCAUUUGGGAAAGAAAGACAAUCAAAGUUCAAAAGGUUAUUUCAGUGUAAUGACCUGGAGACGUAUCCAGGCCCCGGUUAUGGAGCACUCCGCAUAUCACGACACCGGGCUCCACGGAGGCCACAGUGUCACUUCCUGCUGCUCCAAGAAAGCAAGCAACAGCAGCUGAAGGACUGGCUUUCACCUCGAACUCCUGGCCACAGCCUUCUAAACCUCGCAUUGCUAUAUUUCAGGUUUAUUCGGGGAUUAGAGGCGGGGUAUGGAAAUGCCAGUUGUGUGUCCUGCUGCUCUGUCUCUCUGGAUUCUUUUGCUUCCAGGAUUUGGCGGCCUUUGUUGCCUUAUUUGGUUACCAUAAGAGUCCUUUUGGGGUUACUGUCAUCUCUUUCAUCUUCGUAGCUCUUUCUCCAAAGCUGAUGAGGAAUGUAUAUGCCCAGGCUUAGGUAUAACUUUAUACCUAAGCCCCCAGACCAAGUGAAAUUUGUUAGUAACUAGAGGGGCUCUAGGCUGGUUCCAUUUUGGAAGUCUCAUCCUGGCUCCCUAGAGCUAUUUGAAGAAGGCAUUUCUGGCUUAAAAUUAAGAACCAGAAAACAAGUUGGAAAAAGAACUUUGAUUGAGUGCAUGCUAUAAUGCCAGUAGUACACUAAUCUUUUUUUUUUUUUUUAACACAGAUGUAAAUGACAGGCUUGUGUGUUAAGGGCAAAACUAUGCUUCGUACAAAGCGUAUUUUAGCUCAGCCUGGCUUCUGCAGGUCCUGUAACUCCCAGCAGUGGUGACACGAAUGAUGGGUCACCUUCUACCUUCAUACGCCACGAAGUCAUGUCCAGCCCUGAAAACGACCCUCACAGGGUUGGGAUCAGAAGUAGAAGUCUGGGAGGGCACAACAUGAAUUUCACUGAGUUCUACAUGGGGGACCCCGACAAUCAGUGGCUAAUACGGCAGGCCUUGUGCUCACGGCCUUCCUGGGGACAGGGCUUAGAGGGCAUCCCUUAAAUACGAACAAAUCAUCUCAGGGUCCCAUUCAUCCUUCUUUGAUCAAUAGCCUUAGCGCAGGUGGUGCCACCCAGAGGGGAUCCCGCGGCAACGAGACUGUGGUGAUCCCACUGUCUGGAGGCGGGGGAGGGAGAGUUCAGGGCUUCUAUAUAAGAAGACAGGUUAUUUCACAGCCUCUUAAAAUUGCAUCCUGACGAAAACCACAUGAGCAGGACGCCACAACGUUCACAGCGGAGACGUUUCUCUGAUCCACUAGGUGGCGCUGUCGCGAGCCGGCAGAACACACUUGGUAAUUUUUUUGACAAGUUCCUUUUAUUUCUCACUGGUAAAACAGAAGUAAAGCUAAUAUUCUUUCCUGAUGCAUGGUAUCGGAUAUUUAAUCUAAGAAUUCAUCAGAGUUAUUGUACGCUGUUCAGUUGCUAGGGAGUGCACUGCCAUUCAUGCCUGCUGCACACAGCAGGUGUCGGCACGCACUCAGCGUUGACUGUGCUCCCACUGGGUGUGAAGCACGGUCCUGGUGGAGUAAAUCCACCCCAGAAUGAGGCUCUGAGGCAUCCAGGCUGUCUUCCUCACUCCAUCCUGGGAUGAAGGGAUCCAAAUCAUUUUUAAAUGUUUUUAUUCUAACAUAAAGUAAUCCAUUUCUUGAUCUGUUCUCUAAGACAUCAACUUUUCUGUCAGCUCUAUCCUGUUGCUGCUGCACUUGAAGAGUUUUGUUUUGCUUUGAUUUUUAUUCAUGUGUAAAGAAACCUGCUGCAAUUAUUUCACAGAUGAGAGACAGGCAGAGAGAUACAGGGGUUUAAAAAGUUGCCCAGGGGCUUCCCUGGUGGCGCAGUGGUUAAGAAGAAUCCGCCUGCCAAUUCAGGGGACACGGCUUCGAGCCCUGGUCCGGGAAGAUCCCACGUGCCGCGGAGCAACUAAGCCCGUGCGCCACAACUACUGAGCCUGCACUCUAGAGCCCGUGAGCCACAACUGCUGAGCCCACGUGCCACAAUUACUGAAGCCUGCAUGCCUAGAGCCCAUGCUCCGCAACAAGAGAAGCCACUGCAAUGAGAAGCCCGCACACCACAACCAAGAGUAGCCCCCGCUCGCCGCAACUAGAGAAAGCCCGCGCGCAGCAACAAAGACCCAACGCAGCCAAAAAUAAAUAAAUAAAUAAAAAUUUAAAAGUUGCCCAGCUUGUUAGUACUGAGGUUCACACUUUGCAUCGGGAUCCUGACAUUUCAUUUCUCCGAUGGUUUUAAGGAUCCGUUUUGGCUUUCGAACAACUUCUUAUUUUUACAUUGGCUAACACUAUUUCUUAGCUAUGUGUACCCACCAUUCCCCUGAACCGUAUCCAAAAAAUGUAAACGUUUCAUUAAAGAAUUCCUAAUUAACAUUUAUGGUACAAAUAAAAAGCAUUUUAUCAUGA